CAGGUUAGCGCAUCGCGGCUCUCCUCAUACAGGAGGGAGGGUCCCCGACCACGCUGGGGGAUUACACGGAAGGGGAGAGACCCUCAGGCUUCACUCGUCCAUAGGCUGACCCUCCUCGGGUGCCCCACACCCACAGAUCUGGGAGAUAAAUACGGCUUUGGGCUUGUGAUCGCUCUGGUGACGUCAUGCCCCCCUGGGUGGUCGCUCAGUGCUUGGCGCUGGUGAUGCUGACAUACGCCAUGGCGGAGCCUGUGCCCAGGAUUACGUUCCAAUCCGGUGACCCCUCCAGGUCAGUGAAUAUCUUCCGCAGAAGUGACAUCCAGCACUAUGACCGCCUGCUGCUCUCCCAGGAUGGGGAGACGCUGUACGUGGGCGCCAGGGACAACAUCCUAGCCUUCAGCCUGAAGGACCCCCGGAACAUCCUGCUGACCAGAGAGAUUUCUUGGGCGUCCAAACCCGAUCAAAUCGAGAACUGUAAGUUGAAGGCAAGGAAACAGGCUGAAUGUUUAAAUUUUAUGCGAAUUCUGCUUCAUUUAAACGACACCCACCUGUACGCCUGCGGGACCAACGCCUUCAGCCCAACCUGCACCUAUGUGGACCUGAAUGGCUUUUCGUUGCUGCUCAGUCAUAAGAACGAGACCGUAACGGUUGACGGGAAGGGUCAGUCGCCCUUCGACCCUCAGCACACACACACAGGCAUCAUGGUGGAUGGCGAGCUGUAUACUGGCACCAUGAACAACUUCAUGGGUAACGAGCCCAUCAUCCUGAGGAGCCUGGGCACCCGGCCAUCCCUCAAGACGGACGCCUCGCUGGGCUGGCUGCACUCGGACACCUCAUUUGCAGGGUCAUUCUACAUCCAGUCUCAGGACUUGGCCGGCAGGGUGUACUUCUUCUUUGAGGAGACUGGGAAAGAGUUUGACUUCUUUGACAAGGUGACGGUAUCCAGAGUCGCCCGGGUGUGCAAGGACGACGUUGGAGGAGACAAAGUCCUACAGAAGAAAUGGACGACCUUCCUGAAGGCGCAACUGGUCUGCAACCACAUGGACAACUUCCCCUUCAAUGUCAUUCGUCACGUGGCGCUUGUCAGUCCAGACAACCCGCAAAACACUGUCUUCUAUGGAGUGUUCACUUCACAGUGGCAGGUAGGUGGCUCCAGCAGCUCCGCCGUCUGUUCCUUCAGACUCAGAGACAUUGAAGACGCUUUCAAUAGAAACUACAAGGAGCAGAACAAGGAGAGUUACAAGUGGACCCGAUACACGGGAGCGGUGUCCAGUCCUCGUCCAGGCAGUUGCUCCUCAGGAAAGUUCUCGGACACAGACCUGAACUUCAUGAAGGACCACUUCCUGAUGGAUGAGAAGGUCUCGCCCAUCGAUGGCGCCCCCCUGCUGAUCCAGCAGACCCUCAGCUACACGCGCAUCGCCAUUGCCUCUGUGCAGGCCCUGUCAGGAAAUCUCUACACGGUGAUGUACCUGGGCACAGAUCGGGGCUCAGUACAUAAGGUCGUCCUGGUAAAAGGUGGCAUCGAGUCUCAUAUCAUCGAGGAGCUGAAACUUCUUCCGGAAUCGGAGCCCAUUGAGACCCUCCUGCUGGCCCCCAAAAAGGACAUGCUGUACGUCGGCUCCAGAGGUGGCCUCCUGCAGGUUCCCCUGGUGAACUGCAGCGUCUACCGCACCUGCAUAGAGUGCAUCCUGGCGCGAGACCCCUACUGCGCCUGGAGCGUGCCCAGCCAGGAGUGCCAGCGGAUCUCGUCAAACCAGGAGAGCCACGACCCCCGACUGCAGGACGUAGAGGAGGGAAACCCCAACAACACCUGUCUGCACCCCAACAUGAAGGGCAAGAGGUAACCGGCCAUCGCAAAACACGGACAACCCACCGACCAGAGUUGGUAACUUCUCGGUGGCCUAUAACUCCAUCGUUCAGCUCCAGUGCCCGCGGAUUUCGUCUCUCGCCACCUACAGCUGGAAGCAUCUGGGGCAGACGCUGGAACGGCAAGUGCUCACCCCCUCGGGCUCUCUGGUCG